UCAUCUUUGCUUCUCGCCAUCAUCGCUGCCGUCGUCGACGAUGGACGCCGUGGCGGUUCUGAGCGUCCUGAACGAGGCUGAGACGUACGAGGGAUAUGACAACGCGCAACGGACGAUCGCGGACGAAUUAGCGGGAAUAGCCAGCGAUUCGACGCGUCUAUUUCGAUCGACACAAAGGCUGGACGACAUAGCCGCACUCGCACACCAGGCCAUGCCCCGCGCGGGGGCCCUACUCACCGGCUGGCGUCUCAUUCACACCCACGCCUGCAUCCUCGCCGCGCUUGCAGACGCGACGAACAACGCGUUCUCUGCCAUCGCCCGCCUCGACAAAGCCAUCAUCAUCUCCGGAGCAGCGGGUCACGGCUGCCUCGACCUCAUUCUCGACCUGAUCGACGACCUGCAGGCACCUCUUCGCUCUACUUCCUCCCACCCGACGGCAUCCUCCGUCCCAUUGAACACGAACACGAGCCCCCACCCAGCGAGGCUGCCCACCGCGUCAUCCGCAGUCCGCGAAUUGCCGGAACCCCCUUCCAUGUCCGCCUUCCAGCGCCUUGCCGACCAUCCCUUCGUCCUGCGCGGCUACGCCCGCGACUGGCCCUGCUGUGCCGAGCAUCCCUGGGCGUCUGCCGCCUACCUACGCGCCGCAACCGGCCCAGGACGUCUCGUCCCAGUCGAAGUCGGGCAAGAUUACCGCGCCGAAGAAUGGUCGCAAGAGCUCAUGCCGUGGGACACCUUCCUCUCCUACCUCGAUUUUCUCGACCAACCUCCAAAGGCAGACUCGCCGCGCACGCUGUACCUAGCGCAGCACGACCUCUUCAUGCAGUUCCCGCGCCUCAAGGCAGACCUGUUGAUACCCGACUAUGUCUACGCCUGCGUAGGGCCGGAUGACUACAAGCCGCCCGCGAAUGAAGAUCGCCUGAUGCUGAACGCGUGGCUCGGGCCUGCUGGUACUCUCUCGCCUGCGCAUACGGACCCUUUCUUCAACUUCUAUGUCCAAGUUGUCGGGCGCAAGACCGUUUGGCUGGCUUCGCCCUCUGCCUCGCCCUAUAUGUACGCCUAUGCGGACUCGCAACAUCCUGCAAGUGCUCAUAGGUCCGAGCCGGGAUCUUCAACGUCGGACGCUGACUCUCUGAAAGCCGGCACUGGCUCCUCAAUGCUGAGCAACACCUCACGCGUCGACGUCUUCACUUCCGACGAGUCUGCAUCAAGAAGAGAGUACCCUCAGUUUUGGGAUCAAGUCGUACCCUCCGCUUCGAGCGUCACGCUCGACGCUGGCGACGUUUUGUUCUUCCCACCUGGCUGGUGGCACGCGAUGAGGAGCGAGGCGACCAGCUUCUCGGUGUCGAUGUGGUUUUGAGAAGGUGUCGAUAGAUGUGUUUGGGUAGUGGGACCAAGAACGAGUCGCUAUUGCUAUGAUGCACACCGUUGCUUAGACGUCGCUGCUUUCUGAUGACUAUCCUGUACUUAUUCGUCGGGUCGAGGUGAUCUCACUUUGUCG